AUGAGCGUGACAAGCGAGGAAAUCAACUACCUGAUCUUUCGAUACCUGCAGGAGUCAGGAUUCGCCUUCCAGAAUGAGUCUCAUAUCCACAAGUCGGAGUUCCGAAACGCCAAUGUUCAGCCAGGAGCACUCGUUAGCGUGCUGCAGAAGGGAUUACUGUACAUGGACCUGGAGCUUCACGUCAAUGAAGAUGGUUCUGAGCGUGAAUGCACAGGGCCUGUAGUGUUAAUUGGACCCCACCGGUGCGACAAGCAGGCCAAGAAACCAAAACGGGAGGAAAUAAUUAGCAGAGGCAGUAAACGGGAUCGCAAGGAAGGAAAGCGUUCUCAGAGGCAACAGCAAGAACAACAGAACCAGGACCGAGAGAAGCGAGCGAGGGUCGACCAAGAAGAAGACCGGGAUGAAGACCAAAUGAUGGAUACCGAUCAAGUCGAGGACAUUUCCGUCGUCGGCACGCCGGCGGAGGUGGUCGAGAACGCGGAAGUCAAAGUCAUUCCGGCAAGUGAUGCCAUUACGCUCAAAGGACAUACAGCAGACGUAUUUGUCUGCUCCUGGAACCCAACGUCACCGACAUUACUCGCCUCAGGAUCGGGGGAUGCAACAGCACGUAUUUGGCAAAUUCCAACAAAUGGAGAGGAGGCACUUUCAGAGCCGAUUGUGUUGAAGCAUUUGCCAGCCCUAACAGACAUCAAUCGGGAUGUCACCACCAUGGAUUGGAACUCGUCAGGAACACUAUUGGCAACUGGAUUCUAUGAUGGUCAGGCGCGGAUUUGGACACAGCGUGGACAGCUGCGACACUUGAUGAGCCAACAUCGCGGGCCUAUUUUUGCGUUGAAAUGGAACAAGAAGGGCAACUACAUCUUGACAGGCAGCUUGGACCACACCACGAUUGUCUGGGACACGACCACUGGCGAGGCAAAACAACAACACGAGUUCCAUAAAGGUGCAGUACUGGAUGUUGAUUGGCUGGACAACACGACGUUUGCCACAUCAUCUUCGGAUGGCAAGGUCUAUGUCUGCAAAGUAGGGAAUGCAGAACCGCUCAAAGUCUUUGAGGGCCACAAGGAUGAAGUCAAUGCCAUCCGCUGGGACCCUCUCGGGGAACUGCUGGCAUCUUGCUCCGACGACAAAACCGCAAAGGUGUGGAGUCUAACGCAAGAUGAGUGCUUAUUCGACUUGACGGCACACACAGAUGCUGUGUACGACAUGACUUGGGCGCCACGAGAGUCAUCAUCAAAGGAUCCCAGAAUGCUGGCCACGGCUUCCUUUGACACGUCCGUUCGACUUUGGGAUGCCAACAAUGGCGCCUGUCUACGUGUUCUCUCGAGGCAUAUUGAAGCAGUGUACACCGUCGCCUUCAACCCCACUGGAACCCACCUUGCAACAGGAUCGCCGGAUCAUACAAUUAAUAUCUGGAGGGUUCAGGACGGGGCGCUUGUCAAGACGUACCAAGGAGAAGGAGGAAUAUUUGAGGUCGACUGGAACAGCACAGGAGACAAGCUGGCUGCAUGUGUGGCCAACGGAACGCUGGUUGUUGCACAUAUCAAAUUGUAG